AUGAGUGACUUCACAGAGGAAACGCGUCCGCAGCAGCAGCAGCAGCAGCGAGAGAAAGAGCGGCGUUCUCCCGUCAGUCCUCCGCGGCAGGUCAAGGGUGGUGAGGAUGCCUCCUGCAUUCAGGGUUCGCUUCUGGAGGCCACCCCAACGACCGGUGUGACGGAUCCACCGUCGUUUGUUGAUGGAGUUGGAAGUGACAGCAAAACGUCCAACGCAAUGCGAUCGAAUGUUCAGAGUUUUGAUGAACCUUCAGAUGUGCUGAGUAAAACUGAGCAGAGUUGGCGGCUUGAUAAAACUCAGACCCGCGGCCGUGAGAGCAUGAAAGAAAACAAUCAACUUCCCUGUGAGCAGCAAACUGGACAACUUGUCAAAGAGCUGGAACAAACCCGGAAGGACUUUUCUCGACUGCAACAGUUAAACAGGAAUCUGCAGGAUGAGCUACAACAAGAGAGAGCGAGGCAUUCGAGAGAAAGGGCUCAACCGGAGAAUGAUCUCCCCUCAAACUCCAUCGCGGAGCAAGCAUCUGCUUUCCAGAGACUGCAGAAAAUAAACCAUGACCUCCGCCUGGAGCUGGAGGCUAAAACUAGGAGCCAGGAGAAAGCCCGGGAAGUCGAACUACGCCAACGCGUCGACCUCUUGGCUCAACAAGCACAAUUACUUGUCACGGGAGACGCCACCGCACUCGCGCAAGCCCAUCUGGACCAGGAUCGCCUGCGCUUUCACGAGCAGCGGACGGAGUGGGAGCGUUGCGUGGCCUCUCUGGAGACCCAGCUGAGUGCCAGCGACGAGAAGAGGAAGGAGGCCGAGGUGCGCUCCGCGCAGCUGCAGCAGGAGCUGCGGAGUUACCACACUCUCCAGCAGGAGGCCGAACGCUUGCACAAGCAUCUUCGGGAGGUGACGAAUGAGCUCCGCGCCAACGAGGAAGCGCAGGCGCAGAAAGAGGCUCGCCUGCAGAAGCACCUGACGCUCCUUCAAGAGAGUCAGGACCGAGAACGGAGGAGCCUGGCCUCCGGCCUGGCAGAGGCGGAGCAACACUCGCGGGAACUACAGGAGAGACUGGACAGGGCGGAGCAGCACGUGGAGGGCCUGAACAAGACUCCGACGUGGACCAGGGAGAUCGAGGAGGCUCAGCAACUGCUCCAAGAGGAGCUGGCCUGUACAGUGUCGGCCGUGCGGAAACUUCAAGAGGAAAAAGAGCAGCUCGAUCGCCGCUGUGGAGAGCUGCAGAGCCAGUUGUGCGAGGCAGACGGGGAGGUGAGCCGGCUGCAAAGCCGCUUGAAAACAGAAGAGACCGACUACUACAACCUGGAGCACUCAUUCGAGAGAGUCAGCGAGGACUUGCAGUUGGCGUUAGGGAAGGUGCAGCAAAGUGAGUCUGAAACGCAGGACAUUCGAGAAGGAUACGAGAGGCUCCUGGACAGGAAGGAGCAAGAGCUGGGCGAAGUUUUGCUGAAGAUGGAAAUCUUAGGUAAUAGCCUGGAGGAGACCGAAGUGAAGCUGAGUGAGGUUUUGAAGGGUUGCACCUGUAACCCAUCACAGCCAAAGGAUGAACAUUUAGAGCCCGCGCGGCAAAAUGAGAGACAAACUGAUUUAACUACAAGCAGCAGCAGGCCGAGGGAAAUAAACAGCGCAAAUGCAGGAGAUGACCCAGAGAGGUUUUUGUCCGUAAUCCAGAUACUUGAAACCAAGCUUUACAUAACGGAAGAGAAACUGAGGGACAUCAUGCAAUGUCUGCGGGAGCACCACGGUCACCCCGGCUGCCAGGACCCUCACCUUUGCUCCCAGCUCACUCAGAGCCGAGCCAGCGCUCAGCACCUCAGCCUGCUCCUUCACAGCCAGGCCAAGCAGAGCAAGCGCUUCGCCCGGGACACCGAAAACCGCUGCAGGGAGCUGGUGGGCCGGUUUCACUUCGCACUGAACGUCGUGCGGGCCUGCAGGGAGACGCUGCAGGGCACUCAGAUCAACGUCACGGACUUGGAAAAGCAACUGGCCGCCGUGGCGUCUUGCCUUCGCCGGGGGGAGGAAGAUGCAGAGAAACACCAGCGGGAAUCGCGCCGUGCCGGCAAAGGAGAGGACAAGAUCCUCCAGGACGAGGUGCCGGCCGGAGCCGAGGGCGGCGACCGCGAAGAAAGUGAACCCGACCGAGCGCUGCCGUCGGGCGACGGCGCGGAAACUGUCGGCAAGUGUCUAGUGAGGGAGCUGUUCGUCGUGGAAAAAAUGCUGUCCGUCCUUCAGAGUGGUCGUGGCGUUGCGCGACAACCCCUGGAACCCGGAGCGGACGGGGGGGAUUUGGCACACAAGUACAAAAGCAUAAUCUGGCAGAGAAUAGCUUUAAAAGCAGCCAAAGGGAGCAAUGCUUGGAGAGCGGGGUGCGACCAGAAGGGAUGCGUGGAGAGGGCCAUCGGCGGAGCCUGCGCCGAGGCCGAGCUCAUUUGUGCCGCCUUAGCAUGUCCGCAGCAAUCAAACAGUCAAGAGGCGGAGCUUCAGAGGGAGGCUCUGGCGGAUACCGAUCCCCCGGAACUGGCGCCUUAUGAGAGGGAAGUGCAGGGGGAAAAUAACGAGUCAGAAGGAGCUGCCAAGGCCGCUGAAAGGGAUGAGGCUGAUGUCCAAAGGGUAGAGGCGCAGAAAUCCCAGUGGUUGAAGAGACUCAUGACCCGGCUGCAGAGAAGGGCGAAAUUCCUACAGCGACUGUGCCAGGAGCUGACUUGA